CGAUAUCAUCACGACUAAGAACAUACUUUGACGCCAUCAUGUACACUCCACUGUUCGCUGUUGCUAUGGCCAUGGCUACCGCUGUAGCUGGCAAAGCGAACCUGCCACCGAACUCGAGCCAGGCCGGCCUACAGCAUUUCAUCAACACUUAUCGUAGCGAGGGCAAGGGUGACGUCCUUUGCCGCACUGAGGUGCACAAUGAUGACAAGAAUGAUCGUGUUAUUUGCCGUUUGGCGGAGCCCAAGUCUGAUUGGCUUGACUGGGUGAGUGAUAACGGCUAUACCACACUAGCAGACGCCUGCGGAAACCCCAAGGACGGUUGCAAUACAUGCCAGCAACGCGAAGAGAACAAGAUUACCUGCUAUAAGAAGAAGUCUGCGGGCGGCCAGGCUGCCAAAGCCAAGUGCCCUGCCGUCCCGAAAUCGGCUCAGAAGCCGGGCGACGCGUGGAAGAACUGCAAGGAGUGGGCGACCUGCAAGGGCGAGGUAGACCGCAACUCGGUGUUAUGCUAUGUGGCCAUGGAGCGCUGCCAGGGAAACAACGGCGACCUGGAUGGCUGCAUCAAGAAGCAGAUCGAACAGGUCGACUGCAAGAUCGGCAGCUCGGUUCGCAACCCGGGCGACGCGUGGCAGACCUGCCAGAAGUGGGCGGCUUGCCGAAUGGAGCCAGAGCAAGACAUUCCAUGCUAUGCGGCGAUGGAGCAGUGCCAUGGAACGAACCCAGACAACAUGGCUGGCUGCGUCGAAGGAAAGCUCAAGGGCCAGAACUAGAUGCAAACUUGAGCGCUUCUUCGCCUCGAGGCGGCCGCUGUUGGUAGGGCCACGGGGUAACACUCCUCUAAGAUUGAGCUCAUGGGUAUGGUACUUUACGAAUUGAUAUGCGAGAUGCCCAUGCUCAUUUCAUAGCA